UCUCAAUCUUUCUACCAUAUCUUGCGAUCGCCACUUCAGCUCACAUUGUCCAAGAUGAGCCUCAUUCGACAAUGUCUUCAUCGCUCUUGCGCCGGCUCGUUGCGACCAACUGUCUCAGUCGCCUGCUCGGUAAAGGAAGGUAGAAGGACAUAUGCAAGUUCAUCUUCCAUUGCUCGUGCUUCGGUGGAAAGUGCUAGUCCAUCAUCAAGCAAUGUUUUCGAACCUCUGCAGUAUGGUGACGCUGACAUCUACUCUGGUCAAAAUUCGGCAGCAUUAACUUCUCUAGCUUCUCCAUCUACUAUCGUUUUAGAGGGAGAUAGAUUACCUCAUCUAAAAAGCAUGCUGGAGAUGGCAUUGGUGUUGAAGGAUUCCAAUCAUUUGCAGAAUGACGCAAAAAGGAUCGAAGAGCUUGAAGCUUUAAUACAAGUACAAGGGCCUUUAGCCACGGAGGGAGCUUGGCCACUUUGGGUGGAACAAGAAUAUCACGCAUUCAGACUGGAACGCAAAAAAAGCGAAACAUCCGCCGAUCGAGCAUACAGAAGAGCUCGUUCGAUGCUCUGGACGCCGGAAAGUCUUGACAGAGAGAGCUUGAAUCAGAUGAUCGAACGUCACGAGCAAACGCUAGACGGACUAAAGCAAUCAAUUUGGUGCAAGUCAGAUCGAGAGGAACAAUUAGACACAGUUUUGCGCUCUAUUUGGGAUGACAUGACAGCAGCAGAAAGAGCUCAAGCUAAUCUACGAGCAAAAUACGAAUGUGUAAGAAAACUCGGAUGGAGAAGAGGCUAUACGAGUGGAUAUCCCACCGCGGAUGAAAAUGUGCGCGAAGAACGAUUAAGCACUUUGGCAAAGAUUAAAACAGGAAGCAAUGCUGAGGCAAAAGAAAAGAUGGAAGAAUGGAGUGUGCGAGAAGAAGAAGAAGCCUGGCUAGCAUGGCAAUCGCUCGACUCCGUCCAACGUCAGGAAGAAGAGUCUUUGGCUUGGCAAUUACGCGAUCGAUCAUUGAUUUUCAUCGAUGAUACGUCUGGCGUUCAUGUUGCAGAUUCACCUUUUCCUCGUUGGUAUCCAACUCCACAACGUGCUGGACAAAUGGUGUUCUUGCCGAAUGACACUGUACGAUUGGUCCGCAACACAACAAGAACCGGUGAAGAAUAUGAUCAUUUCAAAGCAACGUUCCGCGUUCCAUUACACAUGCAUAAACAUGGCCUUCGUAGCUACUUGUUGGCCAUCUAUGGAUUGCGAACGACUUGGAUUCGAUCAAUGAUCUACAGAGCGCCCAUCGUCCGUAACCGUUUACGUCAAAAGGAGUAUGGCUCCACGACGAGAACGUUCAAAAAAAUCGAGGUGGGAUUAUUGGAACCUUUUGUGUUCCCUGAAUUGAGUGAAUCGUUUGUACGUGAACACUUAUUGUCAGAAGAGAUGAAGGCCGCCAAUACCAGCAUCUUCUACAAAAUGACAGGACGACGACGCUGGCGUACCUACAGGUUGCCCGAUCCAGUGCCAUUUGAUCCUCACGCAGGAGCCAUUGAGGAAACAACGAUGACCACCAAAUUACAAGCAAACCAAGAAGCUAGCCAUACACAAAAGAAAGACGGUGCGCAAAAGAAGAAAUCGGAUGAAUCCAAUAGACUUUCCAAUUUGGCAGGAGGUGUACCUACCAAGAGACAUUCACGUAUUUUGCAAAUGUUGAACGAUCAACGGGCAGUACGUGAAGCACGAAUUGCAGUGGAAGCACAACGAUUAAGAAAGCAACACGAGCAGUCACAGGAACAAUAGAUACUGCCAUUUGUAUAAAUAAUAAUAACAAUAAAGUUUCUCAU